GAAGCGCGAAAGGCGGAGUCGUCGCCGUCGUCGUCGUGCUGGUCGGCUGACCAUGGCAGACAGCGACUAUGCAGCCUCUCAUCAUGCCUACCAUCCUACCCGGGGCGGGUCACACGACGAUUCAUCAGCGCGGCCGCCGCUAGCAACGAGGGGCAGCCGACCCGAACGCACAAGCUCACGCAAUCACCUCGACCUCAACCCGUCCGAAGCUAGCUACUCUUCCCAUCCCGCCAAAGGCAGCUUCCCAGUGAGGUCAGCGUACGAUGGAGCUGAUACGCGUAGGGCGAUGGUAGAACAAGAGCAGAGACUGCAGGAGCUUUACGCGCAUUUUGGUCCUCUGCCCGACAAUUCUUCCUCCUCAAACUCAUCGUCACGUCCCUUUCCGUCACAGCCGACAAGUCCAGAUGGCCCAGAAGCAGACCCUGCAAGGAGUAGACCUGCACCUCGCGCCAACGGCGUCAGGAGGUUACCCGAACGACCCAGUUUGCCGAGUUUGCCUCUGCCUGGACUGCCACCCAUACCGUCCAGUCCGGUCCAGCAAGAGCACGUACAAUAUGCCAGUCGAGCGAGAAUAUCAGCCUCACCUAGACCGCUACCCGUCGUGCCAUCAACCUCAUCCAACAGAGUACCAACGCCACCUACCGCCUGGCCAACUUCGCGGACCAAUUCAGAUUACUCCUUCCCGACCAGCAAUGGCACACCAGCAUCUUCUGAUCCUACAGGGCAAGUACCGUUUCCCCAACCGAGACCAGCACGACCGAGAACGACACCGAAGCGAUCAUCGCAGUUGUCAGACUCGUCUGAGCACCACCAGCGUACACCUUCUACUGCAUUCAGUCGUCAGUCUACCGAUACAACGACGAGUAGCGGCUGGCGACAUUCGCUCGAUCGAGGCUCCGAGACGAGCUUGUCCGCUCGUUCUACGACCACCCUGGGGAGUUACAGAGAGAGUACUAAGAGCCCAGAGGUAGACAGGCAGAGAUCGUCUUCUACCAUGAGGCAAGGGGCACAUCCGGAUUGGCCAGACACGCCCGGGUUUGAUGCACAGCUGCAGAGCACAUCGUUCAGACCAGAAGUGAACUCGUCUGGCAGCUACAGACACGACUCGCUUCGACCUCAAGAUGCCUUUGCUGCCUCGCAGAGGAUACCGCUCAGACACCAGGCAUCCUCCUUCUUUGCUCAGUCAGAAGUCUCCUUCGGCGGCAAUACUGCCAGUCCGCCCCAUGCUGCUAUGCUGUCCUCCGUUGCGCGCUAUGUGCUCGACAAUACACCCUUGAAAGAGAACGUCAGACGAUCUAUACCCUACCCGAGUUCCUUCACAGGUACAGACCUUGUCACGACCCUGCUUGCCAUCCUCCCAGAGCACGAGUCGGGCGACCGCAAAGCAGCAACAUUGCUCGCCAGAGAGCUUCACGCGCAACUCUUCUUUUUCGAAGUCCAAGAUAAUGGCAUGACUUUGCAUGACUCCGAGCGAGAGGUCUACACGUUUGGAGAGACGAUGCCGACCAUCAGCGGACAGGAGGAGAACCCGUAUGCUGCACCGGGCCGAGAGGCAGCCGAUCACUUCGCGACCGAGCUGCCUACUGCUGUUUUGACGGCUUACCUGGGCUGCUACUCGCCUUUUUGCGGAAGAGAUCUGACUGGUGCAGACACCCUGUUUGCUUGCUAUUCUCCUUCUUGCCCGAAUAAUCCAGCCAGGAGGAUUGGCGUCAAGCGGAAGGCAAGCUCGGGAUCGCUCGCACAAAGCAAGGAAGAGCGACGGGAUGAAGACCGCGAAUGGCCAGAACUCGUUCAGGCGAGCGUACGGGAAGCGCUUAACAAGACAGAGAUCGAGCGACAGUGUAACAUCCAUGAGCUCAUCAGACUUGAGUCCAAUUACCAACGCGAGCUCGGUUCCAUUCAGACUGUCUUUGUCGACGCGCUCGUCAAGGAAGAGCCUCCCAUCAUACCCAAAGAUCGUCUGCCUCGCUUUCUAGAAGAUGUAUGGGGCGGUAUAGAAGCAGUCCGAGAACAGAGCGCAGUCUACCUCGACGCACUCAAAACUCGCCAACAAGAGCAAUGGCCAGUCCUGCGAGCCAUUGGCGAUGUUGUUCUCGAUGCUGCUCUCGCCUGGGCACAAGCUUACUUAUCUUGGAUCGUCUACCAGCCCAUGGCAGAAGUCUUCUGGCGACAAGAGAAAGCCGAUAAUCCCGCUUUCGAUCGAUUCCUGACCAGUUUCCCCUCACGCAUUCCAGGCCGUCACGAGUUCCGCGACUUGCAUUUCAGAGCGAUACCCCAUCUUCAGCGUAUCAAAUUAUCACUCGAGACCAUACAGAAGCAUACUGCACCCGAAAAUCCAGAUGUGGACAACGUCGCUGCGGCCAUUGAGGUCAUCUCCCGUCAGUUGCAAGAAUGCGAUGCUGGCGUCGCUCUCACAAACGCAAAGAUAGAGAAACAAGUCCUCGCGCGAGGACUCAUAGAUCGCAAUGGCAACUCCGUCGACCUGGGUGUGCUCAAUCCUACCAGGCAGCUCAUCCGACGCGGGCGUAUGCUACGCAAGCCUGAAGGCAUAAACGAUUGGAGCGAGCUGCAUGCCGUCCUGUUUGAUCAUUGCUUCGUGCUCACCAAAGAGCGCCGUCGCGGCAGUCGUUCGACGUUCACCAUCUGGCGCAGACCGCUGCCGCUCGAGAUGCUCGUCGUCUCUGGCUUCACCGAGCCACCUGUCUCGAGGAGUACAGGCUUCAGCCUACGCGCGAUCACCGGUGGCACUGAUCGAUCAACGCCGCAACCUGGCUACACUCCAGCCACUGGCGAUGAGCGGCUGGUCUAUCCGAUCACGUUCAGAUAUCUUGGCCGUCACGGAGGUACUUUCGUCCUCUUCGUCGAUUCUCCGACUCAGCGUGCAGACUGGCAAUCGAGUCUGACUGAAGCCACUCGCGCUCGCGAGCUCAUGUGCGAUCAGACGAAAGUCAUCGAGCCUUUCGUCAUGAGUGAUCAGACCUUCGUCACUAAGGCACCUCCUGUCGAGCUUGCUCGGUCACAUGGUACAAAGUCUGGCUCAAAGGUACCCUAUGGUGCACCUACCUGCUCUACACCGUUUACGAUCGCCAGCGGGCGGCAACUUGUGGCUAUUGGCAAUCGCGAUGGUCUCUGGAUUGGUCUUCGACACGAUCCGACUUCGCUGCGUCUUGUUGCGCACUUACAUGACAUCACACAAUGCGCGGUCUUACAAGAGUUUGGUCUGAUGGUCUUGCUGGCGCACAAGAAGCUAUACGCUUACGCGAUCUCAGCUCUGGUACCCUCCGGCUCCAACAGUGAUGCACCGCUCGAGCCUCAGCAUCUGAGCGGCAACAGGGAUGUAGCUUUCUUCGAUGUCGGUAAGACGAACGGUCAGACCUUGGUCAUCUACGUCAAGAAGUCUAGCGGCCAAUCCGUUUUCAAAGCGCUCGCACCCGUGCCCAUGAGCUCGCGCACGCAGAGUCGUGGCGUACUACGGCGCAAAGCAGAAUGGUUCACAGUCUACAAAGACUUCUUCUUGCCAGCUGAAGCCUAUUCGAUCCUGUUCCUGCGCAGCCAGCUUGCUAUCGUCUGCGCUCGCGGUUUCGAAUUGAUGGAUAUGAAAGUCGAGCCACUGCGCGCAACGAGUUUCCCUGAAUGGUCGCAACUCAGAGCAGAUCAUCGCGCGAUGGAAUUGCAAGCGAGGUGCAGCAACUCGCGAGCUCUGGGCAUGUUCAAGAUCUCACCUGCCGUCUUCUUGUUCUGCUACUCCGACCUGGCUUUCUACACGGACAAGCAUGGCGAUCCGCUUCCGGAUCGAUACAAGGAUAUCAUCGACUGGGAGUGUGAGCCGCGCGCAGUCGCUUACCAAGCACCUUUCAUCCUGGCGUUCGAUGUUAACGUCAUCGAAGUCAGGCAUGCGGAAUCAGGUCAGCUAUUGCAAGUCAUCAAAGGCAAGGAAUUCGCAUGUCUCUACAACGCUCAGGCAAGUUUAUCGACGCAGCAGCCCGAAUCCGGCUCACGCGUCGACGAGGGCGCUGCACACGUUCAUGCUGCGCUAAACAUUGGCAAUCACUUUGCGAUUGUCGAGUUUGCGCCGACGGGACAUGCUCGUCAGCAUUACGUCUGACACUUCAUUGUACUCGCUCUCAGGAUGACGACAUGAUCACGAGACAGAUUGUGCUUUUAGCUAGUGUGUGUUGUACAAACCGUGUCUUGCUAGCGUUCAGCUUAC